CUUCUAAUCUCAGACUUUAGGCGCAGAACAAGCCUAUGUGUAAUAAUAAUUUCUGCCCCUUUUCCCUUUUUUUUCUCUGAUCAUUUCUCUCCAGCUCCAGGCAAACUACUAGUCAACCAAGUCAAGGCCGAUUGCUGCCUUCAUCUGCCGCAAAUUGAUUCUCCAAAAUGAGAGCAACCGGAGUAGCCGGAGGAGCAUCUGCCGGAGUUGGGGGAGGAGGAUCCGGCGGCGCCACUUCCCCUAGUUCCGUGGAGCCCAGACACCGUCUCUCUUCUUCCUUGUCCAUGGGAGAGGACAGCCCGAGAAGAAGGUUCUUGAGGGGCAGAAACUUCAGAGAUGUAGAGAAGGCCUUCCAUGUUCCUGCACAGUACAGGAACCUCAACUGCAAGACAUCCACCCUCAAAUUGGUGCUGCUGAUUAUCGCUUUGGGCACAUUGGUCACUCUCUACCGUUCUCCUCCAGUUCAUGUUGCUGAUUACCCUUCCCAUUUGGUUCCGCAAUCGAAUAUAGUUCAGCAUUGGAUUGAAGAGGAUGCAGCUGUAGAUUUUCGUUACAUCUCUACUGCAGAAGUUGACUGGGACCACAUCUCAAACAUUUUCGACAAGCUAAAUGAUACAAACCAGUACCAGGGAAUUGGUUUGUUGAACUUCAACACCAGUGAGGUCAAAACUUGGAAGCACUUUUUACCAGAUGUUGACCAUGUGGUUCUUCACCUGGACCAUGUCGACAAGGACCUAACUUGGGAAUCACUCUACCCUGAGUGGAUAGAUGAAGAAGAGGACUUCAAAGUUCCAACUUGCCCUAAUAUACCCAAAAUCAAAUUCCCCGGGAAACCACGUCUGGAUAUUGUUGCUGUGAAGCUUCCUUGCAACAAGUCUGGUGGAUGGUCGAGAGACGUCGCUAGUUUGCAUUUGCAGCUUGCCGCAGCGAGUCUUGCUGCUUCGGGCAAAAGUUACCAUCCUGUGCGCGUGAUCUUGGUCACUGAAUGCUUACCAGUUCCAAAUUUGUUCACUUGCAAGGAUCUGAGUCUUCGCGAGGGUAAUGCAUGGCUCUAUGAACCCAACCCACAUGGUUUAAGACAGAAGACACAACUGCCGGUGGGUUCGUGUGAACUUUCUGUUCCUCUGAAUGCUAAAGAAAAUUUUCACUCUGAAAGACCACAUCGAGAAGCGUAUGCAACAAUUUUGCACUCCGCACAGUUCUAUGUGUGUGGAGCCAUUGUUGCUGCUCAGAGCAUUCGCAGGGCAGGCUCGACGAGAGAUCUUGUGAUACUUGUUGAUGAAACAAUUAGCGACUACCAUAGGGGAGGGCUAGAAGCUGCAGGGUGGAAAGUCCAUACAAUCAAACGAAUAAGAAACCCAAAAGCUGAACCAGAAGCCUACAACGAAUGGAACUACAGUAAAUUCCGACUCUGGCAGUUGACUGAUUAUGACAAGAUCAUCUUCAUUGAUGCUGACAUGCUUAUACUAAGAAACAUCGACUUCCUGUUCGAGAUGCCUGAGAUCACCGCCACUGGGAACAACGGCACCCUGUUCAACUCCGGUGUGAUGGUGAUCGAACCAUCCAACUGUACAUUCCAGCUGCUAAUGGAUCAUAUAAACGAGAUCGUGUCCUACAAUGGGGGAGACCAGGGGUACCUCAAUGAGAUCUUCACAUGGUGGCACAGGAUUCCAAAGCACAUGAACUUCUUGAAGCACUUUUGGGAAGGCGACGAGCAGGAAAUCAAGCAGAAGAAAGUCCGCCUCUUCGGAGCUGACCCUCCGGUCCUCUACGUUCUUCAUUACCUCGGCACGAAGCCAUGGCUGUGCUUUAGGGACUAUGACUGCAACUGGAAUGUGGACAUCUUGCAGGAGUUUGCCAGUGAUGUUGCACACAGGACUUGGUGGAAGGUUCACGAUGACAUGCCGGAUAACUUGCAGAAGUACUGCCUGCUGAGGUCGAAGCAGAAGGCGGCAUUGGAAUGGGAUCGAAGGCUAGCCGAGAAGGGUAAUUACACAGAUGGUCAUUGGCAGAUCAAGAUAAAAGACGAGAGGUUGACGACCUGCUUCGAAGAUUUCUGUUUCUGGGAAAGCAUGUUGUGGCACUGGGGUGAGAAGAACUGGACGGAUAAUGCAACAGCGACUACUCCUCCAGCAGUGCCUGCUACCAUUGCUACCAAAUCUCUGUCUUCUCUGUGAUUUUGGGUUCUAUUCGUUGGUUCAUUAUUAUACUAGAGAGAGAUAUGUUUACUUGUAGAUGAAGAAACAUAACCUUGGAAGUUCAUUAUAUAGUAGUUGAGGUGCCAGUAAAAUAGCAGAUAACAAUUUUCUCUGAAGUCAUUUUGUCUGAGGGCCUCUAUUCCUUAUAAAUUUCAGUUGGAAGGGAAGGACCUAUUUGCUAAUCUUUACAAAGUUUAGCUACCAAAACGC